AUGGGACACGACCCCUGUGCAGGAGCCGCAGCCACAGGCGCUGGGAGACGUCGCCCUGCGCCCAAGCGGCUCCCGCCUCCAGGGCCGCGUCGGGUGCACGCGCCCCGUGGGAGCCAGGCCCGCGCACGCGCAGCCCGCCCCCCGCCCCCCGCCGCGCGGCAGUCACCGGCCGAAGCCCUCCUGCGGCCCGCCGGCGCCCACCCGCCCACCGGGGAGCUGGCCGGGUCCCCGCUGGGCCCCCCGCGGACGGCGGUGAGGCCGCUCGGCAGCCGGGACGAGUGUCGGAGUCAUUUAGAUAUGGCUCGGGAGCCCACGCCUGGCCCUGCCCGGCCAGGCCAGAAGAGGCAGCAGGGCACAGCCAUCUUCUGCAGUAACUACGACUUGAACUAUGACCUGUACAGAGAAAAUGCUCCCUACAGGGUACAUGAAUACCAGAGGAUCCCCCCACUCAUCAACCGUGUGCCUGUCAAGCUCCGGAGGACUCACAUGGGCCUGGCAGUCAAGAGCAGCUUCAGCCCCCACAAAGCCUCUAGGAACAGCCCCCUGCCCCCUGCACAGAUAAAGCUCCGGACUGAGGAGCUGCGCUCCAUCAGGGGGGAGCUGAGCCAGAUCAAAGCCCAGGUGGACAGCCUUCUGCUGCACGUGGAGCACAUGGACCGGCAGAGGGACCAGCCAGCAGGGACAAAGGACAGUGAAGAGAACAGGGGCCCUGGUAGUGAGGGCUCCUCAAACAGAAGGAGUGAGCCCAGGGGCCAGAGGGCCAGCCCAGAGGCUGACAGCUCCCAGGGGAGCACAGACACAGAGCAGGCAGUGAAGAAUCCUGCAUCGGACCAGGAAGGCAGCCAGUAGGAGAAUGCUAUUAUCCUGAUGCAAAAUUCAACAGCCACUGUGGAUUGUAUCAGUGUCAACUGCCUGGUUUCCUACAAGAUGUUAAAAUUAGGGGAAACUGCAUUACAUGAAGAAUACGUGGAACCUCUCUACAACUUUUUUAACAACUUCCUGUGACCAUGAUUAUUUCAAAAUAAAGAGUUAAGAAAACGACCAGCCAAGGGUGCUGAUGAGUAUAAAAGUGCACAGCAUGAUUGUAGCACUGCAGGAAAGGCUGUCAGUGAUCUGCUGGGUAUCUAAUCUUGAGAAACAGCUCCCCAACCCCCCCAGAUAAGGGGCAAAAGGUUCAGAAGCAAAAAGAGCACAACAUACCAUAGCUACCGCCGGAGUCCGAAUGGUAAUUGUACUUUGGGGAAUCGUCUGUGACCUCCAGCCCCUUUGCCCGGAGCUCUUCGAUAGCAUAAAUGUCCAGCAUGAUGAGGUCUUCCCCGCCAGCUCCCUUGCCUUGUGAUUUCAGCUGCCAGAUCGAGAAACAAGCAUAAGUUACCCGGAAGCAGGAGGAAAAGAACUCAAACUUGCUAAACUCUGCCAGGGUAAAGCUCUGAAACAGGAUUUUUCAUUCUCGGUGCUCCUGACAUUUUGGGCCAGAUAAUUCUUUCAUGUGGGGCUGUCCUCUUGCACUGCAGGAUGUUCAGCAGCAUCCCUGGCCUCUACUGACUAGAUGACAGCGGCAUCCCGCCCCCAGUUGUGAAAACCAAAAAUGUCUUAAGACAUCAUUGCCAAAUGCCCCCUGAGAGGCAGAAUCGCCCUGAGUUGAGAAUCACCGGUCUAGGGAAAGGAAGAAUUUCACAGACUCAAAUGGAGGGAAAUCCGUGCUUGCUUUGGACCUGGCUUGGUAGGUGUGGGGUUUCCUGCUCACUCUCCAAAUUCUUUACCUGGGCCAUUUUCCUCUCCUCUUCAAAGCCAUCCAUAUCUACCACCAGGCCCUUCUCUUCAGCAAUCAGUCCAGUGAGAUCCACCGGAAACCCGUAGGUGUCAUAGAGAAGCCAAGCAGUGUCUCCUACACAGCACAAAGUAGUUGUGUCAAAAUAGCACAAUGGCCUCUUCCUUUCCAUGCCAAGUGCCCCCAGGAGGAUGCUAGGACCGACAGAGGGAUUAAGAGCCGGCCAAGUCAGUACUGGCCCUGUGUGCCUGUCAGAAAACCAUCAAGUCUUUUCCAGUUGACCUGGAGGAAACACAAGGGUCUCCUGGCAAAGCUGUGUUUCUACAUCUGAACAUAAGUGUGUUCAGCUUGUGAAACCUCAUCAAGCUUCCCUGUGCACAUUAUACUUCAACAAGUAGAACAAAACAUCUUUGGAAUUAAUUUUCCCAUCUGAUGAAAAAUAAAGCAAGUUGCAAAGCA